AUGAACAUGGAGUACGAGCAUUUACUGAAAGAAGAAGACUUCGAAGAUCAUACUGAUCCUAUUGUGAAACCAUACAGAAAGUACUCAUUUCGAAUUGAGCGAGUUGAAAAAGGUGAGAUUUUACUUACUCUGUAGUUCACAUUUCUUUUUUUCAGCAUUCCCUCAAUAUCUUUUACUUUUCCUUGUGCUCAUGGUCGUAAUCUUCUUAACAGGACAGUAUAGGAUAUCAAUGCAGAAGUUGACGUCACGGGAAUGCAGUGACGUAUUGGCAGACUGUGACGGCAUUCCGUUCAAUGAAACUAUUGUUCCACCGUACUUCGACUACCUCCAAGACUUCACUGUAAAGCAGUGCAUCUCAAUUGAAACUCUGUCUCAUUUUCAGAUUGCCCGUCAGUACAGUCUCUCCCUCUGUCUGAUUCCCAAAGUCAUGUCCACAAUUGCAACUGGCACAUUCUGUUAUCUGGACGAUCCGGCUGCUUUCGCCGCAGCCAAUCGAACAAUCGCCACCGAGCAUUACAAACGACGGUUGAACAUUAAAAGCGAAUAUUCAAAACCGAAAAUGGGAGAUUUUUUUACAGAUUCUGUGCAGAAAAUGAGAUGAAAUCGUUCGGGAUGGUGAGACAUGCGCUGAAGGAGAACGUAUCGAACAUAAUCGUGGUUCGGGACCCGUUCGAUAGAUUCAUUUCCGGGUUCACCGAGAAAUGCGUGAGGUCAGUGAGCUCCCUUUCUCUUUGGGUUAACACCAGAUCGUCAUCAGAUCGGUUGACAAGGACUUCUGUCACGGAUGCGGGACGGACAUCCGAUGUUUCCUCCGGAAAGAAUACCGUCGUCUUAUGAGAAUGACCAUGCUGUUUCCGGUGUAUUCCCUGGCCGACACUCACUUCGCUCCUCAGACUUGGUAUGUCGUUUGGAAUUUAUGUGUGUCUCUCGCGUGCUUUGAACAUCACGCUUGUUGCGUCAACGUCGCAGAAGUAGAUCUCCGAUUAGGAUCUGUAGAGAAAAAGGAAAGAAAAGUCUUCGAAGAAGCGAUUCAAAAUGGGAAAAGACAGGCGAAAAUCAGCAAGAUGUAGUCCGAUGUAGAGAGAAUCAAACGAUUCGCAAUAGAUCGGAAUAGUUCCCUGUCUAAUCGGAUUGCUUCAGGUUUUGUGACAUGAAGAACACUUUGCAAGACUCGACCCUCAUUAAAUACUCCAAUAGUGGAGACGAACGGACAAGAAUGAUCGACGAUUUCUCUAGAGUAUUCCAGAAGAAUGGAGUGCCAGAGGAAGAAAUCGAGGAAGUGAGAAAAGAGUUAGGAAGUGAGUAGUAUCAUCUGGAUAAAACAAAAAGAAAGAUUAUUCAGAAGGAAAGUCACAUCAUUCAACUGCCGGAUCGGAGCUGAGGAUGAAGUACGAGAAGCUGUUGCGAGAGGACGUGGCAAUCCGGAGAGCAAUAUUACGAAUGUACUAUUAUGACUUUGUUAUUCUUGGAUACCGUAUGUGA